AUGGGUGGAAUGCCUCGUGCUACCAAGGAGGCUUGGUUCGAGAAGCUCACCGAGCUCCUCGAGAAGUACCCCUCCAUCUUCAUCGUCAACAUCGACAAUGUCAGCUCGCAGCAGAUGCACCAGAUCCGUCAGUCGCUCCGCGGCAAGGGUGUCGUGCUCAUGGGUAAGAACACCAUGGCUCGUCGUGCUCUCCGAAUGCUCAUCGGUGACAACCCGGACUACGAGCGUCUGCUGCCCCACCUCAAGGGCAACAUUGGUUUCGUCUUCACCUCGGGCGACCUCAAGGAUGUUCGUGAUGUCAUCCUGGCCAACCGUGUCGCUGCCCCUGCCCGUGCCGGUGCCUACGCUCCCGCCGACAUCUACGUCAAGGCCGGCAACACUGGUAUGGAGCCCGGUAAGACCUCGUUCUUCCAGGCCCUUGGUGUCCCCACCAAGAUCGCCCGUGGUACCAUCGAGAUCGUCUCGGACGUCAAGGUCGUCGACGCCGGUAACCGUGUCGGUACUUCCGAGGCUACCCUGCUCAACAUGCUCAACAUCUCGCCCUUCACCUACGGUAUGACCGUCGUCCAGAUCUACGACCAGGGUCAGUGCUUCGAGUCGUCCGUCCUCGACGUCUCGGAGGACGAGCUCGUCGACCGAUUCGUCCUCGGUAUCAAGCAGAUUGCCUGCAUCUCGCUCGCCCUCAACUACCCCACCAUCGCCAGCGUCAUGCACAGCCUCGUCAACGGUUACAAGAACCUCAUCGCCGUCUCCAUCGCCACCGACUACGAGUUCGAGGGAAGCAAGAAGGCCAAGGAGUACCUUGCCAACCCCGAGGCUUUCGCCGCCGCUGCCCCUGCCGCUGCCGCCGCUGACACUGGUGCUGCUGCCGCCGCCGAGGAGGAGAAGGAGGAGGAGAAGGAGGAGUCCGAUGACGACAUGGGCUUCGGUCUCUUCGACUAA